AAAAGAAAAAUAUUGUUGAGUCAUAUAAUAAAAUAUAUAUAUAGUACACUGAUCAUGUACAUAUAUAAACAGUGAAAGUUUGCAACUUUGUAUACUAUAUAGUCUUCUAUUCCACCAGUACACACAGUCUAAUCCUCUGCUCUAGUUGGGGUAGGGGAAGAGAUUAUAGAUUAUAGAACCUGGCUAAAUUUUUCUUUCCCUUCUUAACCUCUCUAGCUCUCUCUUACAAUAUAUAUAUUGAUAUAAAUAUAUAGGCUAUUUUUUAAUUUUUUAUUUUAUUUGGGUUCCAAGAUUUCUUCUUUUGUGCCUUAACUCUUUCUAUCCAAAAUCAUUGACGGUAUCUUUGAUUUUCAGCCGUUUCUGAUACAAAUGAGAUAAAAAAGGAGCAAAAUCUAUUGAAAUAAAAAAAAAAUAAUAAAAAGUGUUGCUAGUGAGAAUACUAUUAGUCAGCGAUAAAGAAAGAAGAAAAAAGAAAAAAUAGUAUCCCACGUUUUCUUCUUCAUAAACCCCGGAAACCCACAAUCUAAUAUUAAGAUAUAAUUUUUUUUUUUUUAUUUCCUCACACACACAUAUAUAUAUGUAUGUAGCAUAUUUUAUGUAUAAAACAUCUCCCUUUCCCCUUCCAAAAACCCAAAAGUGCAAUCUUGUCUCUUGUUUGUUUGUUUAUUGUCGUGGUCUUCCGUUUCUGUGUGUAAUGGUUUUGGGUGUAAAUGAAAGAAGUUGAUUUAUCGUCAUCGUCAUCGUCAUCGUCGUCGGUAAUAACAGUAGUAGUAUUAUCAUUCGUAUUAGUCCUGGUGUUUGUUUACUGAGAAAAAACAAAAAAGGGGUCGCGAGAAAAUGGAAUACGCGAGUGGAGGCGGCGGCGGUUCUGGCGGAGGAGACAACGAUGCUUCCAACGCUCAAAGGAGGAAAAAGCGAUACCAUCGUCACACUGCUCACCAGAUUCAAAAGCUUGAAUCAAUGUUCAAGGAGUGCCCCCACCCAGAUGAAAAGCAAAGGCUACAGUUGAGCAGAGAAUUGGGUUUGGCUCCAAGACAGAUCAAAUUUUGGUUUCAAAACAGGAGAACCCAGAUGAAGGCUCAACAUGAGAGAGCUGACAACUGUGCUCUCCGAGCAGAGAAUGACAAGAUCCGAUGUGAGAACAUUGCCAUCAGAGAAGCACUUAAGAAUGUUAUCUGCCCAUCUUGUGGGGGUCCACCCCCAAUUGAGGAUCCAUAUUUUGAUGAUCAAAAACUUCGAAUGGAAAAUGCCCAAUUGAAAGAAGAGCUUGACAGAGUUUCUAGCAUUGCUGCUAAGUACAUAGGAAGACCAAUAUCUCAACUUCCACCAGUUCAGCCAAUUCACAUCUCUUCUUUGGAUUUAUCCAUGGCGAGUUUUCCUCAAGGGAUGGGGAUUGGACUUGGUUGUGGUGGUGGUGGUGGUGGUGGUUGCACUUCUCUCGACCUUGAUCUUCUCCCCGGAAGCUCUUCCACCAUGCCCACUAUGCCUUAUCAACCACCUGGAAUUUCAGACAUGGACAAGUCUCUCAUGUCUGACAUUGCAACAAACGCUAUGGAAGAGCUUCUCAGGCUUCUCCAGCCAAACGAGCCUUUUUGGAUGAGGCCAUCCUCAGGAGAUGGCAGAGACGUCCUUAAUCUCGAUAACUACGACAGAAAUUUCCCCAGAGCCAAUACUCACAUGAAGAAUCCUAAUCUAAGAAUUGAAGCCUCAAAAGAUACUGGCGUUGUGAUUAUGAAUGGUUUGGCAUUAGUUGACAUGUUCAUGGACCCGAACAAAUGGGCUGAGCUAUUUCCAAAUAUUGUUUCAAUGGCGAGAACACUUGAAGUCAUAUCAUCUGGCGGGUUAGGAAGCCAUAGUAGCACAUUGCAGCUGAUGUAUGCAGAGUUGCAGGUUCUCUCCCCAUUGGUUCCCACAAGAGAAUUUUACUUCCUUCGUUACUGUCACCAAAUUGAGCAAGGACUUUGGGCAGUCGUCGAUGUUUCGUACGAUUUUCCUCGAGACAACCAGUUUGUUAAUCAAUGUCGUUGUCAUCGUCUUCCUUCUGGAUGCUUAAUACAAGACAUGCCCAAUGGAUAUUCAAAGGUUACUUGGGUUGAACAUAUUGAAAUAGAAGACAAAGUACCAACUCACAGGCUGUAUAGAGACCUAGUUCACAGUGGCAUGGCUUUUGGAGCUGAAAGGUGGCUAACAACUCUUCAAAGAAUGUGUGAAAGAUAUGCUUGUUUAAUGGUAUCAGGCACUUCCACUCGUGAACUUGGUGGAGUGAUUCCUUCUCCUGAUGGCAAAAGAAGUCUGAUGAAAUUAGCUCAAAGGAUGGUGAACCAUUUCUGUGCGAGCGUUAGUAGUAGUACCUCCAAUGGCCAACGGUGGACGACACUUUCCGGUACCGGUAUUAACGAAGUCGGAGUCCGAGUCACCGUCCAUAAGAGCACCGAUCCCGGUCAACCCAAUGGGGUUGUUCUCAGUGCAGCUACCACCAUUUGGCUUCCGGUUUCUCCUCAAGAUGUUUUCAAUUUUUUCAAGGACGAAAGAACUCGCGCUCAGUGGGAUGUUCUCUCAAAUGGCAACGCAGUUCAAGAAGUAGCUCACAUUGCAAAUGGAUCCCACCAUGGAAACUGUAUUUCUGUUCUUCGAGCUUUCAACACCAGCCAGAACAAUAUGCUGAUACUCCAAGAGAGCUGCGUAGACUCAUCAGGGUCAAUGGUGGUGUACUGCCCAGUUGAUCUUCCGGCAAUCAACAUUGCCAUGAGCGGCGAGGACCCGUCCUACAUUCCCCUCCUUCCCUCGGGCUUCACUAUCUCACCUGACGGAAGGGCGAGUCAAGGAGGAGGAGGAGGAGGAGGAGGAGGAGGGGACGGUGCAUCGACCAGCGCGGGGGCGGGUUCUAGCCAAUCAGGUGGGUCGCUCAUAACAGUGGCGUUCCAGAUACUUGUGAGCAGCUUGCCUUCUGCAAAGCUGAAUAUGGAAUCGGUGAAUACUGUUAAUAACCUUAUUGGCAAUACUGUCCAGCAAAUCAAGACUGCCUUGAACUGUCCUACUUCCUAAAAUUAUAAACCAAAAAAGAAAAAGAAAAAAGAUCAUUCAUAAUUAAUCCUUUCUCUCUCUCUUUCUUUGUCACUCAGUACUGAGCUACACCAACUGUUUUUUUUAUUAUCAUCCUUAAAUUUUUGUGUUCAGAAAAACACCCUCUUUAUUCUCAUUCAUUUUCUUUUUCUCUAUGGUGUUGCUUUUGCUUGGUGGGUAUUGAAUGAGGGGAGAAAAUAUGAAGUUAGUUGGGUUCUUUGAAUGCACUCUCAUCAAGAGCUCAAGCUGUUUAUUUACUACUGUUGCUGCCGCUGGCUACUACUGCUCCUGCUGCUGUUGCUGUUUUUUGCUGCGAAGUUUACACCAACUACAAACAUUUUCUUUUUAUAUUUUUAUUUUUGAUGGUCUUAAAAUUUAUUUUGGAAUUUGGAUUUUUUUACAUUGGGAAAAAUAGUCUUUGAAAAAAGAGGGGGAGUCAAGAACGCACCAUAUUCUUGUAAUGUUUGUUAUGGGUUUUGUUUGUUUGGUUUUGAUUGGUUCAAUUUGCCAUUUAGAAGUAGAAAAAGACUUGUCGAGAAGGACUUCAGACACAGCAAAAGAACAUUGUAUGUAUGGUUCGGGCAUUGACUUCCUGUUUAAUGGACUUAAAUUCCAAAGUCUUUAUUUCUCUAUAUUAUUUAUUAAGUUGUAAAAAAUAAAUGGGUGCACCCUUUCCGUUUCACCCAAAUUUAAGUAUAGGGUUUUUGUUUUU